AUGGAUCAGGUGGAAGAGUGGAGAUGCAUCAAAACAACGCUCAAUGAAACAGCUCAUAAUGAAUUCAUCAUCUUAGGGUUCUCUAGUCUACAGGAUGUUCAGCUGCUGAUUUUCCUUAUCUUUCUUAUCACUUACAUCUGUACUGUGGUGGGGAACAUCUCUAUCAUGACCAUUGCUUGUCUGGACUCUCAGCUUCACACCCCCAUGUACUUCUUCCUAGGGAACCUCUCCUUUCUGGAUAUUUGUUAUACUACCACCAAUGUCCCUCAGAUGCUGGUGCACUUGCUGUCAAACAGAAAGAGCAUCUCCUAUGUUGGGUGUGUAAUUCAGCUCUAUUUCUUUCUCUCCUUUGUAGGUACAGAGUGCAUUCUUCUGGCUACCAUGGCCUAUGAUCAUUUUGUAGCUAUCUGUCACCCUUUGCAUUAUACAGUCAUGAUGAGGAAAGAACUUUGCCUCCAGUUGGCCGGUGCCUCCUGGGUGACUAUUGUCCUCAUGUAUUAUGGAAGCUCCAUCUUCACCUAUGUCCGACCAAUAUCAACUUAUUCAUUAGACAAAGAUAGAUUAAUUUCUGUCCUUUACAGCAUUGUCACACCCAUGUUAAACCCUUUGAUCUACACCUUGAGAAAUAAGGAUAUAAAAGAUUCUCUAAAAAGAAUCUUAACUGGGAAACUAUAUUCAAAAUGA